GUCUUUCGACCCCCGCAGGUCUUUUGUCCCUCCCAUGCGUUUGUCUCGCUCGUCUUCCCGCGUCUGCGCACCUCCGCCCGGCCUAGAGUACCCGCCGCAUCCCGCACACCUCACGAUUCUGCACGGACAGCAUGUCUGAGUACAGCGCGCCGCCCGGAGCCGCUCUAGGAGCCGGUGGACUGAAGAAAGACGCAUUCGCCGACGCGGUGCAGCGCGCCCGGCAGAUUGCAGCGAAAAUCGGCGGUGACGUUACCGGUCCCCCUAUGAGCAAUAACGGAGGAGCGGAGAAUUAUCCCUUCAACGCACAGAAACGAUCGCUGGAGGACGGAGAUCAACCUGAGAGCAAAAAGAUGGCAUCUGACAGAGACAGCGCAGCAGCCUUGUCUAUCGGAGCCCAGCUGGCUGCCCUUUCUCAGCAGAGUGUUCGUCCUUCCACCAUGACAGAAGAUUACAGAGUACCUGAUGGAAUGGUUGGCCUCAUUAUUGGUCGGGGUGGAGAACAGAUCAAUAAGAUCCAGCAGGACUCGGGCUGUAAAGUACAGAUCGCUCCAGACAGUGGUGGGCUUCCAGACAGGAGCGUCUCUCUCACCGGUUCUCCUGAUGCUAUUGGGAGGGCCAAAAUGCUAUUGGAUGAUAUUGUGUCUCGAGGACGAGGCACUCCUCCCUCCUUCCACGAGUCGUCCAAUGGCGGCGGCGGUGGUGGUGGUGGUCACAUGCAGGAAAUGAUCAUUCCUGCAGGAAAAGCAGGUCUCAUCAUCGGUAAAGGAGGAGAGACCAUCAAACAACUGCAGGAGCGAGCUGGUGUGAAGAUGAUUUUAAUUCAAGAUGCUUCUCAGGGGCCAAAUAUCGACAAGCCGCUGCGCAUCAUAGGCGAUCCUUACAAAGUGCAGCAAGCUCGUGAGAUGGUGGAGGAGAUCUUGAGAGAUCGGGAUCAACCUGGAUUUGAAAGAAACGAGUAUGGUUCCCAUAUGGGAGGUGGUGGUGGUGGUGGAGGAGGAGGAGGCCUCGAGGUGCCUGUUCCACGUCACUCUGUGGGUGUUGUGAUUGGCCGAAGCGGAGAGAUGAUAAAGAAGAUUCAGAACGAUGCUGGUGUGAGGAUACAGUUUAAACCAGAUGAUGGUACCGGUCCAGAGAAGAUCGCUACUAUUAUGGGUCCUCCUGACCGCUGCGAGCACGCCGCCAGUAUAAUCAACGAACUUCUGCAGAGCAUCAGAGUACGAGAGGAAGGUGGAGGGGGUCCUCCUGGCGCUGGGAUGCCCCCGGGCGGACGCGGUAGAGGGCGUGGUCCAGGCAACUGGGGCCCACCCGGUGGCGAGAUGACGUUUUCAAUCCCCGCCCACAAAUGUGGCCUCGUGAUUGGCCGAGGAGGGGAAAACGUUAAGGCCAUCAACCAGCAGACCGGCGCGUUCGUAGAGAUCUCACGCCAACCGCCGCCCAACGGCGACCCGAAUUUCAAACUGUUUACCAUUAGGGGGUCACCUCAACAGAUCGAUCAUGCCAAGCAGCUCAUUGAAGACAAGAUUGAGGGACCCCUGUGCCCUCUUGGCCCUGGACCAGGUGGUCCAGGUCCUGGUGGACCGAUGGGCCCCUACAACCCAAAUCCAUACCAGCCAGGACCUCCUGGCGGACCCCCACAUGGUGGUCCUCCUGGUGGUCAGUAUCCUCAGGGAUGGGGAAAUACAUACCAGCAGUGGCAGCCACAUGAUCCCAGUAAAGCAGCGACCGAUCCUAACGCAGCCUGGGCGGCUUAUUACGCACAGUACUACCAGCAGCCUGCGGGAGGCCCUAUGCCCGGCCAGGCGCCUGCGGCCCAGCCGGCUGCACCAGCUACUGCUGACCAGAAUCAAGCUGCGCCUGGGACCGCCCAACCUGACUACACCAAGGCCUGGGAGGAGUAUUACAAGAAGAUGGCUCAAGCAGGAGGUGGUGCAGCACCGCAGGCAGGGGGCGCUCCAGCCGCUGGCGCCGCAGCAGCAGGACAGACGGAUUAUAGCGCCGCAUGGGCCGAAUAUUACAGACAGCAGGCUGCUUAUUACGGACAGACGGGACAGACACCCGGACAGCCAGGUGCGACGCCGCAGGGCCAGCAGGCUCAGUAAAAGACUCUUGUUGAAAUCUCAUCCGUCCGCCCUGGCAUCACUCCUCCAUGAUCUUGCUCUCCUGAGAAAAGGACAAAAUUUCUUCUUUCUGUUGUUUAUUUUUUUCUUGCUGUAUCCAGCAGGAA